AUGUCCGUCCCAGUACUCCUCCUGCAGGUCGCUGUGCUGCUGCUUGCAUUGCUCGGCGUGGUCGUCGUGGUGCAGCGCCUCCAAUCCCGCACGGCCAAGCGCGUCUGCAUUGUCGUUCUCGGCGACUUUGGCCGCAGUCCACGCAUGCAGUAUCACGCAAUGUCGCUGGCAGCGUUGGGACUCGAGGUGGACGUCCUGGCGUACUCGGGCAGCCGGCCACACGACGAGAUUCGCAGCAAUCCGCGCAUCCACCUGGUCGCAUUGCGUGAAGCGCCGCGCAUCGCUCCAGGAUUGCCAAAACCAUUCUACCUUGUUUAUGGUGUUGCGAAAGCUGCAUUCCUUGCAGCGCAACUCGUCUUGAGAUUGAUGGCGAUGCGGCCGUAUCGAUGGUGCUUGAUUCAGAACCCUCCAACGAUUCCGACGUUUGCACUUGCCUGGGCAAUCUGUCGACUCAGGAAUGCCAAGCUUGUGAUUGAUUGGCACAACUACGGCUACACAAUCCUUGGACUUGCUCAUGGAGCUGAAAGCCGCGUCGUGCGGCUGGCAAAGUGGUUUGAGUUUACUUUUGGUCGAUGGGGCGACGCCCAUUUUUGUGUCACCGAAGCCAUGCGCCGUGAUCUGCGCCUUUGGGGCAUUGAUGCACGCACACUGUACGACCGCCCACCACCAAUGUUUCAAGAGACGUCCGUGGAGGAUUCGCACCAGGCAAGCCAGAUCGAGCUGGUUGCCCAGCGCCCUGCACUGCUCGUCAGCAGCACCAGCUGGACUGAAGAUGAGGACUUUUCCAUGCUGCUCCAGGCUUUGGAGGCGUACGAGGAGAAGGCAAAAGUCGAGGAAAAUGCGCUGCCAAACAUCAUUUGCUUGAUUACGGGCAAAGGACCGAUGAAGGCAUUUUACGAAGCACAGAUUGCGGCCAAACAGUGGCUCUGUGUGCGCAUCCGAACUCUCUGGCUCGAGGCUGCUGAUUAUCCCCGGUUGCUUGGUGCUUGCAAUUUGGGCGUCUGUCUUCACAAGUCGUCGUCGGGACUGGAUCUACCAAUGAAGGUGGUCGACAUGUUUGGUUGCGGACUUCCCGUCUGUGCUGUGGGAUUUCAGUGUUUGCACGAGCUUGUAGAACACCGCAAGAACGGGCUAGUUUUCCGGACUUCCGCAGAGCUAUGCGAGCAACUUCAGAGCCUCCUGUACGGAUUUCCCAGCCAGGACUUUAAGCUCCGCGAAAUGCGCAAGCACUUGCAACGGCAGCGCAUCGAAGAGGGUCGUUGGGCCGAAAACUGGACGGCAAUCGCUGCGCCAGUGUUUAUCUGA